AUGGGGAGUGUGAGAGGCCUGUGGUCUUGGAUGCUAGCUUUGCUCUCCUUGCCGGGUUUGAUCCUGGGAGCACCCUCAUCACCCAGAUGCUCAGGAGUCUGCAGUACCAGUGUCCCAGAAGGCUUCACUCCUGAAGGGAGCCAGGUAUCUCAGGACAAGGACAUUCCCGCAAUUAACCAAGGGCUCAUCUCAGAGGAGACCCCAGAAAGCAGCUUCCUGGUUGAAGGGGACAUCAUCCGGCCGAGCCCCUUCCGACUGUUGUCAGUGACCAACAAUAAAUGGCCCAAGGGUGCUGAUGGCAUUGUGAAGAUCCCCUUCCUGCUCUCCAGCAAGUAUGAUGAGCCCAGCCGCCGGGUCAUUAUGGAGGCUUUCGCUGAGUUUGAACGUUCCACAUGCAUCCGGUUUGUUGCCUACCAGGGCCACAGAGACUUCAUUUCCGUCAUUCCUAUGUCAGGGUGCUUCUCCGGUGUGGGACGCAGUGGAGGGAUGCAGGUGGUGUCCCUAGCACCUACUUGUCUCCGGAAGGGCCAUGGCAUUGUGCUCCACGAGCUCAUGCACGUGCUUGGCUUCUGGCAUGAGCAUUCACGGGCAGAUCGAGACCGCUACAUCCGCGUCAACUGGAAUGAGAUCCUCCCAGGCUUUGAAAUCAAUUUCAUCAAGUCUCGGAGUAGCAACAUGUUAGCACCCUACGACUACUCGUCAGUGAUGCAUUAUGGGAGGUUUGCCUUCAGCUGGCGUGGGCAGCCCACCAUCAUACCACUCUGGACCACCAGCGUCCACAUUGGCCAGCGAUGGAACCUGAGCAACUCAGAUAUCACCCGGGUCCGUAGGCUAUACAACUGCAGCCCAAGUGUCCCUGACUCCCACAGGAGAGGGUUCGAGGCCCACAGUGAUGACAGCGAUGGAAGAAACCUCCCUCCUUCCUUCCUAUCCUAUCUACAAAGACUUCUGGAGGCACUGGCGGAAGAAUCUAGAAGCUCUGACCCCAGUUGCUCCAAAACCAGAGGCCAGGGUAUUAUUCCAGAGAUCGUAGACAGCCAGGAAGGAUGGGAUCAUCCUGCUCAGAGCAAGUUCAGUGUGGAGGCCUUGGCAAGACCACCUCAGAUGCAAGCUGCUUCUCCAAGGUCAGGGCCCGGAGCAGGUGCAGAUGGCGUGUCUCUAGAGCAGUUUCAGGCAGCCCAAGAGCCUGUUGUACCUCCUGCUCCAUUUCCUGAAGCCAGAGAUCAGCCAGCACCUAUCCAAGAUGCCUUGGAGAGUCUAGCUCAGCUUGCAGGAGGCUGUGCACCUGGAAAUCACAUUAGAGAGGUGCCUAGAGACUGA